AUGUCUACGAACAACUCUCGGCCGCCAGUGCAGUUGAUGUGUGCUCGGGAAGGAGAUGCAGAGGCACCGGUUGGUUCGGCAGGGGAAAUCGAUGGAGUUAUCGAGACUGGGGAGGACACGCGGAAGGGAGCAGAGAGUGAUGAUGUCCUUGACGAUGAGGAUGUUGGUGCUGCUUCUAGUGUGCAUACUUAUGAUGAUGAGAUGGAUUUAUCACCAAGGAGUCGGCCCUCAUCCCCGUCAUCGAGCUCCGGGAGUGGCAGCUACAGCGAUAUGACUGAUGAUGAGAUGAAGGAGGAAGAGGGGGAAGGAUCGCAUGGUGGUACGGAUGGCGGUGAUUAUACAGAGUCUGAUGAUGAAGGCACUGAGGGGUAUAAAAAGGGAGGUUAUCACGCUGUUCAUUUAGGGUAG